UCUUUGCCGGAGCAGUGCACUACGAGGGCUUCCCAAGAGGAGGUCCAUACCAAAGCUGGGGCCCAAUGCAGAAGGUGGAGGCUAUGAGCCCGCAGGACUCAAGGGCGGCGGGGGCCGAGGCCGUGGAAGAGCAAAAGGCCCAGAACCAGAGGCGGAAUCAGGGCAGCGGGGAGCCCACGGCGCCUCCGCUUCCCCCUUCGCCACCACCGCCGGGCCCGCCGGAAUACCCCAGGCCUAGACUCAUUUUCCACACCCAGCUGGCUCACGGGAGUCCAACGGGGCGCAUUCAUGGUUUCACCAAUGUCAAGGAGCUGUAUGGCAAGAUCGCCGAAGUGUUCAACAUUUCCCCAUCAGAGAUCCUGUUCUGCACCCUCAACUCCCAUAAAGUGGAUAUGCAGAAGCUACUGGGGGGGCAGAUUGGACUGGAAGACUUCAUUUUUGCUCACGUCAGAGGGGAGACCAAGGAGGUGGAGGUGACAAAGACAGAAGACGCAUUAGGCCUCACCAUCACCGACAAUGGAGCUGGAUAUGCCUUCAUCAAGAGGAUAAAAGAAGGCAGCACCAUAGACCAGCUGAAGACCGUAUGUGUAGGGGACCACAUCGAGGCCAUCAAUGACCAGAGUAUUGUAGGCUGUCGACACUACGAGGUGGCUAAGAUGCUUAAAGAGCAGCCGAGGGGCGUACCGUUCACUCUCCGCCUGGUGGGGCCUAAGAAGGCCUUUGACAUGAUCGGAAUGAGGACCAGAGCGCCAAAAUCUACUGAGGGCAAGAUGGGGAACGGCAGGGAGACGCUACGGCUCCGCUCCAAGGGGGCCGCUACAGUUCAGGAAGUGCAGAAUGAGUUUGAUGAACAGGCCACCAGGAAAGUGGACGAUCUUCUAGAGAGCUACAUGGGCAUCAGAGAUGUGGAGCUGGCAACCACCAUCGUGGAAGCCGGUAAGGACAAGAAGAACCCUGAUGACUUUGCAGAGGCCCUGGACUCCGUUUUGGGAGAUUUUGCUUUCCCUGAUGUGUUUUUGUUUGAUGUAUGGGAGGCUAUCGGUGAAACCAAGACUGGAAGAAUGUAGACCUCUAUAGAACCAUAUAAACGAGAGAGAGAGAGAAAUAAAGAGAGACGUCUGUUCUAAAGACCAUGUUAGGGACAGCAACCCUUUGCAGCCUUUAAGUUAUAAUCAUUUACAGAAAAAGUCCAGCAUCACCCUGAAAUUUGAAAAUUCUUUACAAUAAACACAAACAAUUGCUGUGUAGUUUUUAAACAAACUUUUUCUGAAAUCAAAGAAAUGAACCAUUAUUGUGGGGAGGCCUGAUCCCUUCUCACACACAAAGGAUAUAUAAAAAAUGUGUCAUGGAUAACAACAGCCAGCCAGUCAUCUAAGAAUCUAAGCAGUUAGAGAAGAAACAAUAAACAUGUUUCCUCUGAUGAAGACACACAGCGGAAAACAGGAGAGGAAUAAGGAGACUUUUGGGGGGAAAUAUUCCAAAUCAGGAUGUAUAAGUCUACUUCUCUAUUAAUAUGUUUGCAAACAGGUCAUUGUAUUUAUAAUAAUUCAUGUUUUUAAAUAAUUAAUUGCACCCAGUGCAACUCAAAAUGAUCAAUUAAAAAAAUUCUCAGACCUCUAAAUAAGUUUGAACUUAGUCACAACUAUCAUUGUAAAAUGGAAUGUUGUGAAAAUCAAAGCCAGGGGGACAGUACCCAACGGUCCUUCUCUGCAAUUCAGAUUUUCCGACAUGAUCAUUACGGUCAAACAGGAACCAGGCCCUCACUUCCCAACAUAUAAACAACCCCCCCCAAAAAGGUUAGGGUUUGGUAAAUAUGAAGGUCUUGUUGCAGAACUAAUAUUGAUACAACAUUGCAUCACGUAUUCACAUGCUUCAUCCUUUUGCCACAUAUUCUCUGGGAAGGAAUGUUUCUGGUGUGUUUCCACUAAAGAAUGUAAAUAUACGUGCUCAGUUUGUUUCAGUCCUCAUACUACAGGGUUACUAAGUUUGAAUGUUUCUCUCUCUGAACUGGGGAGUAUUUACCGAAGAGGCAAGGAAGAAUACACAAAUACAAGUUGAAGUUAAACAGUCACCUGUUUUCUGUCUCACAAAACAAUGUGAAGAAGUGAUGGAGUCAUUAUCUGAAAACAUGAAACACAGUUUGACUCUGGCUUCACUGUUCCAGCUACAUCACUACAAGUCUGAUGUUUGAUCUCUUUUAUAUGAUCACACCUCUCAAUGAAGACCUGAACAAUG